UCCAUCAUAUCCAUUAUUAUCCUCACUCACAAAAAAAACCAACAACACUAUGGCUCAAAUUCACACCAAUGGCAACUCAAUCUCUUCACUCACCACACCCAAAAUACACUUCACUAAGCUCUUCAUCAAUGGCCAGUUCGUCGAUUCUGUUUCAGGGAAAACGUUCGAGACGAUUGAUCCAAGAACGGAAGAAAAGAUAGCGGAUAUUGCUGAAGGAGAUAAAGAUGAUGUUGAUUUGGCUGUUGAAGCUGCACGUGCUGCUUUUGAUCAUGGUCCCUGGCCUCGCAUGUCCGGUUCCGAGAGAGGAAGGAUAAUGAUGAAAUUUGUGGAUUUAGUCGAACAACACCUUGAUGAAAUAGCAGCACUCGACGCUCUUGAUGUCGGCAAAGUUUUAUCGCAAGGGAAGGCUAGAGAAGUUCCUUUCGGAAUCAGCGUACUCAGAUAUUAUGCAGGCGCGGCUGAUAAAAUCUACGGAAAGACGUUAAAACUGUCAAACCAACUGCAAGGCUACACGUUAUAUGAACCUAUCGGCGUUGUUGGCCAUAUUAUCCCAUGGAACUUCCCUGUCGGGAUGUUCCUUUUCAAAGUCGGCCCGUCAAUGGCUGCAGGGUGCACCAUGGUGGUCAAACCAGCCGAGCAGUCGCCCCUUUCGGCUCUAUAUUGUGCUCAUUUAGCUAAACUGGCGGGUGUUCCGGAUGGGGUGAUUAAUGUGGUUACGGGAUAUGGAACGACGGCUGGAGCCGCCAUAAGCUCUCAUAUGGAUAUUGACUGCGUGAGUUUCACGGGGUCGAGUGAAGUGGGGCGGCUCAUAAUGCAAGCCGCCGCUACCAGUAAUUUGAAAUCAGUGUCUCUUGAGCUCGGAGGCAAAUCACCCCUCAUAGUUUUUGAUGACGUGGAUGUUGAUUCGGCUGUUAAUCUUGCUCUUAUGGGCGGUUUCGCUAACAAGGGCGAAUUUUGCGUGUGUAGCUCGCGAAUCUUCGUUCAAGAAGGGAUAUACGAUGAGUUUGUGACCAAGAUUGCUAGAAACUCGAAAGGGCUAACUGUUGGUGACCCUUUUGAGCCCUCAACAGUUCAAGGACCACAAGCUGAUAAGGCACAAUAUGAGAAAGUACUUUCGUAUAUCGAACACGGAAAACGACAAGGUGCUACAUUGUUAACCGGUGGAAACCCUUGUCGCGAAAAGGGAUAUUAUAUCGAGCCAACAAUCUUCACCGAUGUUAAGGACGACAUGCUUAUCGCAACCGAUGAAAUCUUUGGCCCCGUUAUGUGUGUCAUCAAGUUCAAGACGAUCGAGGAGGCGAUUGCGAGGGCGAAUUCAACACGUUAUGGUUUAGCCGCGGGGAUAGUGACCAAGGACUUGAACAUAGCAAACACUGUUUCGAGAUCAAUUCGUGCAGGCAUAGUUUGGAUUAACUGUUACUUGGCGUUCGAUGCGGAUUGCCCUUACGGAGGCUAUAAAAUGAGCGGGUUCGGACGAGAAUUCGGGAUGGAGGCGUUGUACAAGUAUCUUCAAGUUAAAUCAGUUGUCACACCGGUUCAUAAUUCUCCUUGGCUAUAAGCAUAUACCAAUAACAAGGCAUUUAAAAUCAUAUAACCAUAAGUUGGAUAUCUUUGAUGAAGCCAAUAUAUGUUGGGUGUAAUGAGAAUCUUCUAAUGACAAAAAGAAGGUUAUAAAAACUAGAUGAUGAUAUUUACAUGUGUUUAAAAUUUCAUAAGAUUAAAAAUUUAUUCCAAUCA